AUGUCCCUCGUCCCGUGGCUCCGGUGGAACGAGGCCCUGCCCCGGCUGUCGCCCCGGAGCCCGGCCGAGGUGGUGCUGGAGACGCUGAUGAUGGAGCUGGCGGGGCAGAUGCGGGAGGCGGAGAGGCAGCGGCGGGGGCGCGGCGGGGCGGCCGGGAGGGUCCGCACCGGCGUGGACUACAGCUGGCUGGCCAGCGCGCCCCGGGCCGCCUGCGACCUCAGCCCCGCGGAGCGGCUGCACCUGGAGGCUGUCUGCGCCAAGAUCCCCCCGGCCUCCUGCGGGCCUGCCAUCCUCAGGUUCCGGCAGCUGCUGGCGGAGCAGGAGCCCGAGGUGCGGGAGGUGUCCGGGCUCUUCCUCUUGGUGCUGCAGGAGGUGCUGGAGGGGAGGAGGCGGGAGGAGGAGGCCCGCAGGCUGGCCCGGCAGUGGAGCCUGCGGCCCCGGCCCCACGGCAUCCUGGCCCUGCCCGCCUUCAGGCCCCGCGCCCGCAUCUCCCCCUUCGCCAGCGACAUCCCCACCGUCUCCGAGGACGUGGAGCGGGGUGCCCGGCCGCCGGCCCGGGCCUGGAGCAUGCCCGAGUUCAGGGCGCCCCAGCAGGACUGA